AUGGCGCUCUUUUGCCUGCUGGACGUCAUCUGCCAGCUAGGCGCGCUCUCGGUUGCCAGCCGCGGCGACGCGGGUGCGCAGACAGGCGUCGCGUGUGUCAUGUGCGAACGCAUGCUGGUGGACUGCCGCCUCUUGAGGCGGCAGCUGGUCUGUUUCUCGACGGCCGGGGCGGAGGUGAACGGUUUCGCCUUCGGCUGCCAUGUGCUCUGCGCACUGGAGGCUCUCGCCCACUCCGUGGAGCUGCAGGCGACCGCGGUCCUCCGCGGCUACAACCACGCGGCGAACCGCGUGGCCGAGGGUCGCGGCAGUUGGAGGACGAAGAGCCUUAUGACUAUGGACGAAGUCAUUCGGAGCCGAGUCGAGCGCGGCAUGCUGGAUGUGAUCUACGCGGAGACAGCUUCGAUGCGCGCCGACGGGCUCGCCGAGGGCAAGGGGCCCAACCGCGCGUCGAAGGUCGGGGCCCACUUCGGUCUAUGGGGCCACUGCGUGCGCGCAGCGCCAGAGCACUUGGCCCUGCCCCGGUCGAGCUGCGGGGUGUGUCUGGCGAUGAGGGGUGCUAUCGGGAUUGUUAGAGGUCCUAUGCACGUCCCGGCGCGCAGGAUUCCAAUGGAAGAGCGCGUGUAG